CCAUGCAAAUUCAUCCGUCGCUGCAGCAGGAGGAAGCGGACAAUUACCACUGGCGGACUGCAGCUGCGGACUAAUCACGUCAUAGAAAGGCGUCAGCAUUUCGUCGACACUCCAGAAUCCCCCGCCCCUGAUGAAGACAACAACGUGACCCUGUAUUACCACUCUACUCAACCGCAAAAUCACUACGGUACAACAACAGUGGGUUCGCGCCAUGGUGACAUGGAAGGCCAAUUGCUGGUAAUUCUACAACAAAUGGAACGCGUUCUUAACGGUCCAAUAGAGGUUGCAUCCGCUGGCUUCAGUGAAUUACGUGAUCUUAUCACCGAAUAUUCAUAUUACCAUCACAGGAUGGCUACGUAUCAUCGAAGCAUGCCAUACAAUAACAGGACGUUCUAUUCACUGUUUAAGCGGGCGGUGAUUUUCGACCUGCAUGGGAUGCAAUUUCUGGGCUCAUACAAGGAUAUGCGGAACCUUGGUGAGAUCAUUGGUGAACCACACUUGUCGAACUCUGCUGCGUUUCAACAAAUCAUAGCUGCCGAUCUUGUGGUGAUUCCUUUUUGCCACACCUACAAAGGAUCGGAUAAGCACAUGACUUUGGCUGUCGUUACUGGUGGUUGUAAGUUAAAAACACCUAAAGCUGUCUACCACUUCGAUUCUAGUGGAGAAGAGUUUAAAGAGCCGUGGCUCCAGUUCGUUGACUGCCUGGAGGCUUUACCUGGGAACAACUGUUUUCGUGGGGCAUUGCAGGACUGGCGUAAUCCAGUACAGAUGUUCCACGAGAACAUCCAGACAAAGGUUGUAACGCUGGAAUUAGCUUGUGGUGUCAUCGUUAUAUACCUAGCGUCGGCGGUGGUGAAAGCAUUUUGUCUGUGGAAAUUACGCGGAUCCGAUUGCGUAGACAGUGCAGUGAGGCAGUUCCAUAAUUUGUGGAAGCGCAUGCAGCUUGCAGAACAAGACCACGAUGACGAAGAAAAGCCGAAAUCCCUUCAUGAAGAACUGGUAGCUGGUGCGGGUUUGGGUGUUUUCCGUAAUGAGUGGAGCGUGGCGCGUUAUAAAGAUUGGGCGAAAAAGUUGGUAUGGCCAGCAAAACGCCCACUGCGCAUCCUGGACGUGGUAUAUUUUGCCGGAAAAUGGUUCUACAAACUAGAACACUACGCCAAUGAACCCGACUACGAGUACUGGGCGCCUGAGGAUUGCGUGCCACCCCGUUUGUUUACACAGUUGCUUAAAUUUCGAUAAAUUAAGUUUUGUUUUUGAUUUGUGGUUUUGCGUUUUUUAACUGAUUUUCCGGGCUACAGAGUCGAAGUUUUUUUGCGAAGAAUAUUCAGUUAAUCUAGCUACUGACCUCAUUAGUCAUACACCAUAGACGAACUACAUAAAACAAAAUCAUUUAUUAAAAAAAAAACAUGGCUCAAACAUUACCGCUUCCAUUCGGGAGCCCUUUCCCUUCGUACGUCGUACGGCUUCCUUUCAGGAGACGUAUCUUCCAGCACUGUAUACUGUUUCCAUUCGCCGCCAUUAUUUGCCAAUAACCCUUGCUGCAUACUACUCGUA